AUGACUCACAGUUACGGUUAUAGAAGACAAACUAGAAAGAAAUUCGCUAAGGCCUACAAGACCAAGGGUCACGUUAGAAUUUCCAGAUAUCUCACUACCUACAAGGUCGGUGAAUACGUUGAUAUCAUGGUUGAUGGUUCUCAACACAAGGGUAUGCCCUACAAAUUAUACCACGGAAGAACUGGUAAGGUUUUCAACGUUAACCCCAGAUCCAUCGGUGUUAUUGUCCACAGAAUCGUCAAUGGUAGAUAUAUUGAAAAGAGACUCCAUGUUAAAAUUGAACACGUUAGACCUUCCAACGUCAAAACCGCUCUCUCCAAGAGAUAUUAAGCUAACGAUUAAGCUAAGGCUGAAGGUAACAAGGCUGGUAAGAGAGUCUCCACCAAGAGAAACCCCGGCCAACCUUUGGAAGCUGUCCAAGUCCAAGGUGCCGUUAACUUCUAACACCCCAAGGUCUUCAGAGAAAUUUUCUGA